AUGACUGCAAUGGAAACAGGGGUGCAUCAUGGACACGCGGCGGAACUUCCUGUUCACUUCAAUCCUCAUCACCACAGCCCUCAUCGUGCUCGUCACGUUGGACAACAUAGCUUUUCAGUCGAUCCAGGCUCUUCACAUUACACACCUCCAGCAUUUGCUCCUCCGCUUAUGCCACGUUCAAUUCCGCAGGUUAAUCUCGCGAAGCACGCAAAACAUGCAACUUUAUCAGCUCCUGUGACUUCGGUGGCCACUCCUACCUCCAAGACGAGACCUACAACCCCAACGGGGCAGUUCAUCCCAGGGCCUGAUAACAUCAGUCCUUCGAAACAGGAGGAAAAAUUCCACGUUCAAAAGACAAUGCUGGAACGCUUGGGAGAUACAUCAAUCGCCGACCCACUUGACAUCGACUUUUCGAGACUCACCGUUAACCAAGCCGAUCAUUACCUUGACCUUAUUGGCGCUCCCUCUAGGCCAAAGCCAGAGGCAGCUCCUGUUCGGGAUGUGAUUACCGGAGAGGGAGGGUUGGUAGCACCACCUAAGCUAGCUCCUCAAAGUUUGGCUCCGGAGAAGUCUAUGACGGCAUCUUUAAGUCCCCACGACCAUCAACUUCCACAACGUACUUCGCCCAACCCAUCCUCUCAACAUUAUUCCAACGAUCUUGAGAGGGGAGCCGCCUUAGCAGCACGAUAUAAUAUUCGAGGUUUAGCUAUUACACGGCUUGCACAUUUUCGCCAGGAGCGUGAAGCCGCUAUGGCUCAAGAAAGGGAAGAGUCUCCACAAAUCGCGGCUGGGUCUCGGGCUCCAUCGCCUGCUUCUACCAAAGUUAUUCCAUCGGCUACUCCAUGUCCAAGUGAAGCAAAGAAUAACGCUGCCAUGCAGCAACCAGGUGUCCGCCGGAAUUUCCCACCUCCCGGCUUAACUCGUCCUCGUUUUACCAAUUACGCUGGGGAUCCUGUGGGGAUUUACCGCCCCGUUCCAUGGACUGUGGAUACACCUGAAGAAGCUGAAAGGAAAGCCAAGAAAGCGGAGACUGCUACUACCUCGGAAUCUGGCAAGCCACCUCCUGUUCUACCACCUGCGAACACCCUACAACAAAGUCCUAUCGGUAGCAAACGCCGCUCUAUGGUACUAGCUAAAGAACGAAAUUCCCGUGUCAGUGAAACUCUCAAAUGGUAUCGUGCAGACUACCGUUUGAACGAAGACCUCCGCGAACGUUUGGAUACUAUAAUGAAGGAAACCUUGCAAACCCACGAUAAUGGACAGGGACCUCUUGCGGUCCCUAAAGAGCUCUAUGAGUCAGCUGAGCAAAACACGGUUUUGCUUGCCCAGGCUAUCGUUAAUCUCCAAUCUUACCUUGAAGGAAACCCCAAAGAGCAGUCCAGAAACUUCGCUCAAUAUGGACCGGUCCCCGAUGAAUGCUGCGAACCCUCCAAGGACGGAAACUUCAGCCUUUUUGAUAUCCAGCCGGGCCCGUUUAGAGGGUCAGAGACGAGGAACUAA